AUGAGCUUCCGGGGCUUCCAGAAAAGCGUCAUUCGGGCGCCGCAACAAUUCAAGGCCCGCUUCAAUAUUGGCGAACACACAAAGGAUGCCGUCUACAUCGACUCCGAGCGCCGCUUCCAGGAGCUCGAAACCGAAACCAAGCGAUUACACGAUGAAUCCAAGAAAUACUUCGAGGCCAUCAACGGCAUGCUCAGCCACCAGAUCGAGUUCAGCAAGGCUAUGAGCGAGCUCUACAAGCCCAUAUCGGGUCGCAUGUCCGAUCCCAUGAGUAUCGAGGUCCAGGGUAACCCCGACGGCAUCCGCGCCUGCGAGGAGUACGAGGCCAUUGUCAAAGACCUACAGGAGACCCUUGCGCCCGAGCUCGAGAUGAUUGAGAGCAGAGUAAUCCGUCCCGCGAACGAACUGCUCGAUGUUGUCAAGGUUAUUCGUAAGACGGCAUUGAAGCGCGAACACAAGAAGCUCGAUUACGACCGCCACCGCCAGACGCUGAAAAAGCUGCAGGACAAGAAAGAUCGGACCGCCAAGGACGAGAAGGCGCUGUGGAAGGCCGAGAACGACGUUGAGCAGGCCACCCAAGAGUUCAACUACUUCAACGACCUCCUCAAGGAAGAACUGCCUCGCCUCUUUGAGCUUGAGCAAGAGUUCAUCCGUCCUCUCUUCCAGUCCUUCUAUUACAUGCAACUCAACAUUUUCUAUACACUGCACGAGAAGAUGCAGCACUGCGACAUUGGUUACUUCGACCUUACCCUCGACGUAUUAGAAGCAUUCCACAAGAAGCGCGGCGACAUCCAAGAGCAAGCCGAGAAGCUGUCCAUCGUAAAGUUCAAGACAACCGGCCAGAAGCGUCCUCCGGUAAAGUACGGUACCCGUCCUACGCUCGAAGGCGGCAAGCCUCAAGCGCUCCUUACCGCCGGGCCCUCGUCAUCUGCUGCGUCUACUACAACAACAUCCAAGUAUGGCGGAUACAGCAAGCAGGCAGAAGCCAGCGAAGCCAACCCACCUCCUCCCUACUCGCCUCCUGCGACCAACGGAGGAACUGUUAGCCCUGGACUCGCCGCCAUCGCCGCCGCAAAGUCGAAGGCGAAGCCUCCACCACCCAAGCCUAAGCCUAGCCGACUCAGCGGUGCUCCUACCGCCGAAACUGUCACCGCCCUCUACGACUAUGCCGCACAAGCAGAAGGUGACCUGAGCUUCCGGGCUGGCGACAUCAUCGAGAUUGUCAGCCGCACGAAGAAUGAGAACGAAUGGUGGACUGGAAAACUAAAUGGCAAGAGCGGCCAGUUCCCUGGCAACUAUGUGAAGUUGAAUAGUUAA